AUCCUCACUAACCAGACCAAAACCUGCAAUUUCAUCUUGGUUCUUUGAUUUUCAACCUUCUUUUGCCUCCUCCUUUCUUUUUCUUCUUUCCCUCUCAUCCCCUCUUUUUCCUUCUCUCAAAUCUGGGUUCUCCAAAAAAACCUCGUGGGUUCUUGGAAAGAGAACCCAGAUCUGGGUUCUCUUUGGAGAAGGAUGAUGGAGGAGAGAGAAAAAAAAAGAGGAAGAAAGAGAAAUAAGAUAAUGGAUGAAGAGGAUGAGGAUGGAGGUGAGGAGGGUUCUUUCUUUGAUUUUCAAUCUUGUUUUCCCCCCUCCUCCUUUCUUUUUCUUCUUCCCAAUGGGUUCUUUUUCAAGAGAACUUGGAUUUGGGUUCUCUUGAAAAACCACGUGGGUUCUUAUGGAGAACCGGGUUCUCUUGGAGGAGAAUAAUGGAGGAGAGAGAAAAAAGAAAGAGGAAGGAGAUAAUGGAUGAAGAGGAUGAGAAUGGAGGUGAGGAGGAAGAUGGAUCUGGCUGGUGCGGACAAUAAACAGCAAAGAAGAGAAAACGAAGAUGAUCCAAAUAAUCUUGAAAGGAAGCAAUUUGCAAAUGCCAUGCUUAAUGCUAUUUACAAAGGGAAUUCUUGGAAAGUAGGAGACUUACUUCAAAACAAGCCAGAUGCAAUAUCUACAACAUUUGAAAAGGGGCAAACUGCUCUUCAGAUUGCAAUUACUGCUGGUCAGCUAAUGGUUGCUACGGUAUUGAUUACUAUUGCUAGUGAAGCAAACAUAGACCACUUGAGGACACCAGAUGAGAAUGGCAACACAGCUCUUUCCUUUGCUGCUCGUAGUGGGAUGAUGGAAAUUGCAAAAUGCUUGAUUGAAAAGAAAAAGGACUUGCUUACUAUCGCAAAUGGCGACAAAAUGCUCCCGGUUCAAUUGGCGUGCAGGGCAGGCCAUGAGGACAUGACUCGCUACCUCUACCGCAAUACCAUGCAGCAAGAAUGUCUAGAUGGAGACUAUGGUUUCUACCUCCUCGAAGAGUGUAUAAGUACAAGAGUGGAGGUGGAUAAAGCACGUGUUCUAUCUGAUGGUGUUGGCAGUGUUGCAGCCCAACGAAGAGCUUUGGAUGAGGGUGAAUUUGUGCAAAGUGGAGCAGUGGAAGCAACCUUUCAAGCUAUCAAGAAUGGCAUCCCUGAGAUUGCAAUUGCAAUUGCAAAAGUUAAUACAAAUAUAUUAUGGAACCGUACUGAUCCUGAAGAUUCAAGGAACAUGUUUGCAUGUGCUAUAGCAAAUCGUCAAGAGAAAGUGGCACAAUUUCUUUAUGAAUUUAAUGCAAGAAUUAGUACAAAUAUAGUUUUUACCGACGUUCGAGAUGGAAACAAUUUAUUACAUUUAGCAGCAAAGUUAGCACCUCGUUCUCACCUUGAUUACAUCUCAGGUGCAGCUUUGCAGUUGCAAAGUGAACUACGCUGGUUCCAGGCAGUGAAAGGCAUUGUUCCACAGUUCUACAACCAUCAAAAAAAUCAUGGUGGUGAAACUCCUUCCCAAAAGAAUGGUGGUGAAGCUCCUUCCCAAAAGAGAGGUGGUGAAACUCCUUCCGAAGUGUUUGUUAAGGAACACGAGCCGUUGCUAAAAGAAGCGGAAGAAUGGUUGAAGAAAACAGCUGAAUCUUCUACAGUCGUAGGUGCUCUAAUCAUUACAAUUAUGUUUGCUGUGGCUUUUACUGUUCCUGGUGGGAAUGAUCAAAAUACAGGCUUCCCAAUAUUUUUGAACAAAACAGCAGACUCUUCUACAGUAUCUUCUCCAACCGUGCCAUUCAUGAUAUUUAUAGCAUCAGAUGCAAUUUCUCUUUUUGCUGCAUCUAGUUCGGUGCUAAUGUUUUUGGGGAUUCUUACUUCACGUUAUGCUUAUAAAGAUUUCCUUAAAUCCUUACCCGUGAAGUUGAUUGUUGGCAUAUCUUCACUCUUCAUCUCUAUUGCAGCAAUGAUGGUAGCAUUUUGUGUUGCUCUUUUCAUUAUGCUACAAGGUCGAUUGUGGAUAACCAUACCAGUAACUUUGUUUGCUGGUGUUCCAGUCAUUAUCUUUGUAUUGUUGCAGUUUCCUUUUCUCAUUGAGCUUUAUACUUCCACUUUUAGACGAGGCAUCUUUGAUGGGAAAUGGACCGGUUUGGGAAAGGAAGAGAUGGAGUCACUCCAACAAUAGGUUCUGUCUCUCUAAACUUGAUUCCAAUCUAAAAAGGCUUUAGCUCCAGUAACUCAAAGAUAGAUGUUCUGUCAUUUUAAGUCUAGUAAUUAUACGAGUGUGCUCUAUGUGUAUUGAAACUGCAAGAAACAUUUGGUGGGUGUGUAUUCUUUAAAGAUUUCAUGUACUUUUGUAAGUGCCAAACUCUUUCUGCAAUCAAAGAUUUAUGUGAAU